UAGUCGCUGAGUAUGGCCCAUGUAUGUCUUGCAAACCACGGCGGCGCCCAGCAUCUUUCCCUCCACAACCUUACAAACGUUGUCUGACUCCUGGAAAGCUACCAAGGUCGGCGCAAUUGUUGGAGGUCAAACGUCCUGCAAGGCUCCGGAGCUCUCUGCAUUCGAUAAGCAUCUUCCCUCGGAUGUAGAAAUUGUAUCCUGCCAUUCACUUCAUGGCCCCAAGGUCAAUCCCAAGGGCCAACCUCUGGUUCUGAUCCAACACCGUGCCUCCGACGAGAGCCUCAGAUUCAUCGAGGAGGUUUUAUCAUGCUUCGGCUCCGAAUUCGUCUACCUCACGGGAGAGAUGCAUGAUCGGAUCACCGCCGAUACACAGGCGGUUACACACGCCGCCUUUUUGAGCAUGGGUACGGCUUGGCAAGCAAACAAGCAGUUCCCCUGGGAGAUUUCCCGUUGGGUCGGCGGCAUCGAGAACGUCAAGAUCAACAUCACACUGCGCAUUUACUCCAACAAAUGGCAUGUGUAUGCCGGUCUCGCCAUCCUCAACCCGGCCGCCAAGAAGCAAAUCCGCCAGUAUGCCGAGUCGGUGACCGAACUCUACAAGCUCAUGAUUGAAGGCCGUCGGGAAGAGCUCAAACGCCGCGUGAAAGCUGCAGGUGCGGCCGUUUUCAAAGCGGGGACCGAGAGUCAAGAGCUGCUGCUAAAGGACGAGGUUCUCGACCGCUUCUCUUUGUCGAAUGGACCGCGCCAGAAGACGCCCCCCAACAACCACCUCAGUCUGCUUGCAAUCGUCGACUGCUGGUCCAAACUUGGAAUCGUCCCGUACGACCAUAUGAUCUGCUCAACACCUCUUUUCCGUCUCUGGCUGGGUGUCACCGAAUACCUGUUCCGUAGCCCCGAACUCCUCGAGGAGGCCAUCGACACCGCCAUCGACGACAAGACGUUCCGAUCCGACGACCUAGAAUUCACCUUCGCAGCUCGGGCGUGGUCCGACUGUGUUUCCUUCGGAGAUUUCGAGUCCUACCGCGAUCGAUUCGAGCGCAUCCAGCAGUACUUCGCCCCGCGGUUCCCCGAAGCCGUCAAGCUGGGCAACGAAAUGAUGAAGACCAUCCUGGAAAAGACCGCUGCCCCCGGAAAUCCCUAAAUUUAGAAACCAAUCCCUCCAUCCCGGGACAUUAUAUUAAAAUGAAAAACUUUAUUCCACUCCCCGAU